AAUCACCAAUGAGCUGCUAUCUUCCUUGCGGGUCAGCUUUGGGCGGAAGUGGCUUCGUAGACCAGGAGAAGCGAGAUGGGGGUGAAGCUGGAGGUGUUUCGGAUGGCACUGUACCUCACUUUCCCUGUGGCUAUGUUCUGGAUCUCCAAUCAGGCUGAGUGGUUUGAAGAUCAUGUCAUACAGCGCAAGAGGGAGCUGUGGCCACCAGAGAAGGAGGGACAGCGUCAAGAGAUAGAAGAAUUCAAAGAGAGAAUACGGAAGCAGCGGGAGGAGAAACUCCUUCUCACCGCCCAGCAGAGCUCCUGAGGCUCCAAGAGUUUGCCUCUCAGCCCCUCCACCCAUGAAAUAACACAUACUCAGUCUCUG